AUGGCCCUGAACAAAGGCGUGGGUAAGAAGUACAUCAAGGAGAUGUUUGAGGAAUUCGACCAUAGUUUUGGAAAGGAUAUACUGCCAAUGUUGGACUUGAUGUUUGGCGCGGGAGAGGAAAUUAGCAAGGCCCAAAUGGAGGGUUAUACCUACGAUCCAAAUUGGAAAGACUCGCUAAAUAGCGGGAAUGAACCGAUCAGGUCUCCCAAGUUACCCAGGGCAAGUCUUAAUAACGCGUCUUCGUCAAGAACAGCCUUGGUUGAAAAAAUGAGGUGUAACUUGAAGGGGAAAGACAUGCUAGCGAUUUUGGAUGAAGCAGUGGGGAGACCACACUGUGCGGCAUGCUUCAUGCGGCCCACCCUCGACUGGGUAAAGGCCACUCCGGUUGAAUAG